AUGAUCGCAUUACGAAUGUACAUUGUGAUGAACCUGAAUAUCCGUGAACGCUUUAAACAGAUCGACAUCUGCGAAAGUGCAAAACCACCUAAGACUCGAGCAUCGCAAAUAAUUCCAUUGGCAGCUUCAUUUGGCGACCCCCAUUUCCUUGUCCGUAUAAAGGAUCUCCGACUUCCAAUUUGCUUCGACUUGCCAGGAAAGGACAAACAACUUCAAAUUUUGCUGUAUGACCCAGUUAGACGAAUUAACAUUACGGCCAAAAUAGUCGAAGGCAAAGGCCGUUUUAAACCAGACAGACCUCUCAGAACAUAUAUUGGCCAACUAUAUAUUACGUCUCCUCACAUGACUGUAAUUGUCACGCCGCACAAAAUAGCCUUUAACAACCAUAUAUUUACAUGGGAUAACGAAACAGGUGUGACAUCAUCCAGCUCGACGUUGGGCAUAAAUGGCAGAGGCAAAUAUAUGGAAUUUGGAAUUUCUAAAGGCCAAAAACUGCUAAUAAGAAGAAAUUUGGAAUCUAAGAUGGCACCAAAUGAAGGUUAUUUGGAUUUCUUCGUGAUUUCUGGCAAAGGAUUUUCAAAAGAAGCGUCAGGAAUAAUCGGUCGUUGUUUGAGCAUGAAAGGAAAACUAUUACAAACGCAUAGAAACGCGAUUGGCAGAACUAAAGCUACAUUAACGCUUACCCUAUCAGAUCAACACGAAACAAAAGUAGUAAAUGCUACUUUGAAAUAUCGACAAGGGUGGAUGUAUACAACAGUUCCGUGCUGGAUGGUGGAUAGCAAGGAACUCACUUUCCACCUAAGCACGGCCUAAUGAACUAGCUCUCAUUAAGCUUAACGCAGAUAACAAAUGCAGGAAGGAAGCAACAGAUACAAAAUCUAAACAACGAACGUAAGACGAACCACAUGAGCAAAUUAACAACAACUUGAAUAAAAUAUUCAAAUAAAAUUAAAUUAAAAUGAA